AUGAACGUGUCCAAUGUCACGGAGGCCAUCAAUGCCUCAGAAGAUUUACUUGAAGCUGACAAUGAGUCCACCGAGCUGGAUGGCAACCUGUCAGAUGCGACAGAGGAGAACGUCAGCCAGGUGCCGAGCGGCGGCAACGGCUCGUUCGUUUCUCCUGAAGAUGCGCUCUUGGGAAACAUAUCUGCAAACGACAGCGAUGUUGGCUUUGAUGAGAACCUCUCCGAUUGGAAUCUCGUCGAAAGCCAUAGGUUUGCUGAAGUACGACGGCUCAGUUCCCUGAAUCGUCAGCUCUCCUUGGGCCAAGAAAUGACGAUUACGCAGAAAGGUCGCUUGCGGAUUGACCUGAGCCUCAGCAUGGACGGUGCUUCUCGAGACAUGCUGACGGCCAGCAAGGAGCUUCGCCACCUCCUGCGUCUGGGUAUCAGCCAGGGCCUACCAGCUUCGACUCAAGAGCAUGCACCCAAAGAAUACCAGGGCCUCGUUCCGACGGGGCAGCUGCGGCGGCUUGCAAUCGCAGCACAGAGGUUUGCCCUUCUCGCCGACUUCCGGAUUCGACCCGACUCGGAUGCAGGCAUCGACGAAGCAGAGAUGCUCUCCGAUACGCUCUUGCAAGGGUCUGCAACCCAGCAGAUUGCCUCUUACUUCGCUGCUGCGGAUUCCUGGCAAGGCGUUCUCGACGAAACGCCGCUGGAGGAAGUUGAGAUCAGCCAAACUACAGUGUCCAGCGCACGUGUGGUCCUUGCGCCUGAAGGCAGUGAAGUCACCCUGGCACCACUGACACUGCGUGCCACAACGACGCUGUCUUCGACUACUGCGAGCAGAACGACAACAGUAUCGACAACGCAGACGAUGGAGACAAACGACACAGGUGCGAACGAGAGUGUGACCACCUCCCAAUGGACCGUGGUGACUGGAACUGAGUGCAACACGUCGGUGUUGACUCUCAUUCCUCUCGCCAUGGUUUGUCUGGCCAGCUUGGCCGUGGGCGUUGCCAUCAGGAGCUCAGUGGAGCUGUUGGCGGACCCUUCGCGUGCACUUUGCGAUGUACCCUGUUUGAAGAGGCGCUUGCCAGCUUUGACGGCCGGUCGGCGAUUGGGGCACGCACCGCUGCUCGGGCGCCAGCCAGUCGUGCCAUGGCUUCCUCCCCUCUUUCAUUGGACGUGUCGGCCAAAGCAGCGCUUGGAGAUCGGACGAGCAGCCCAAGAGGGCGACGCUUCGCCCCUCGCCGUGCGAGCCGCAUAUUGGCAGGUUUGCCAGCAUGGCCAACUCUUGGUCCUGCAGCCAAUGUCUUCACGCCGGGCCAAGGCGGAGGAUGGUCCGGCACUGAUGCUCGUGGCUGCUGCUUGGAACCAGCCAGCACGGCUGCAGUUGGCAUUCGAAAUCCAAAGUCAUGUGUUCAUCUCGACUUCAUUUUCGUGGGGGCAAGGGCCGGGCCCCGAUGAAUCAAUUGACGUAGCGCUUUCAGAUGUGGAGGCUCUGAAGGAUGCGAAUCAGAAGCUGGACCUCCUCUUGCAGUCUGUCAAGAGCGCAGACCCAAGCAAAGCAGCUGAUGUCUACCGGCAAAUUCCCCAGACACUUCGGGUGGAGACUCCUGUGACGGCUGCAAUCGCACCAGAGUCCCACGAGGAACGGAGCGAUGGCAACUCUGUAUCUGUAUACACUGCUCGAGCUGUCGAUGACCGAUGGUCCCACGUCGAAGCGGAGGCGCAUGAAGCUGCAAGCGCCUUGGAGCGCAUGCUGCACCCGAAGUUCAGGCCAGCGUCUGCAGAAACGCGUGCGGACGACGCCCGGCCUGUGGAAGCGGCACCGGCAGACUUUGGCAGCCCAGAGAUGGAGACCGGCCUCGAACCUCACUGCGAGGUCGAGGCCGAGGCACACCAUGAAAGUCAUGAAAGAGAGGCUUCCGUGGAUGUGGAGUAUGAGUAUCAGCACAGCUUCCUGGAUCCAAACGAGAGCCUUGAGCCAAGCGAGGUCAAAGAAGUCAAGGAGGGAUCGACGGCCAAGGACGUCGUCGAGCCCGAGACAGUUCAGGUACCCCAGGAGGGCCAGGAGGGCCGGGAAAGCCAGGAAGAUCACGACCCAGAGUUGAGCGCAGAGCUCGAUGCGGUGUGGGAGUCCUUCUUUCCUGUCUCCUCGCCCUCGCCACCGCCCCUGAUUGCACCCUCUGAAGACUUGAAAGAGGAUGUACCAGCCCCCGUCGAGGCAGCGACACAAGAAUCAGAUGCUGUGCCUUUGGCGCCCUCAGCGGCAGGAGAACUCGAAACCGCCGAAACCGAAGCCGAUCAGGAAGUGGCUGAAGCUCGGAAGGUGGCGGUGCAGGCUGCUGAGGCUGCUGAUGCGUUGAAAGCCGCCCGGGAAGACUGGCUAAAGCAGUUCGAUUUAAGCACGGUAAAUCCGCCACCGUCGUCACCGGUGGACAUCGCAGAUGCGGACCACCGCGAACUUACGCGCCGCGAGCGAAUCACGCUCCUUGAGCGGGGGCUGGCUGGUGAGAAGUUUUCUGGCCCAGCUGACGACGAGAACAGCGAGCUGCGCAUAGCAGAGGCUCCGGGGCGGGAAAAAAUCAUAAAGUACUUCGCAGCAGCAUCCCCCGAAUUUGUUCAUGAUCCUUUCGCACAGGGCAUCACUGUCACGUCUUGUCCCGCUUGUCGCAUCGAUAUCUUCUCACAGGCUCGGCGCCACGAGCGAAAGGCAAAGAUGCAGCAGCUGUGGAAGCAGAAGGAGGAGGCGGCUCAAAGAAGCGGUCCAAGUCCUGAGCCAGUCACGGUCCCCGCGCAGCAGGCCGUGGAGGAGCUGGGCAGGCAUUGCUUCGAAGACUUGAGGUAUGCCAAGGCUUGCUAUUCUCUGUCCCGCAACGCUCACCGGCUGAGUACUGGUAGCCUCGUGCGUGUGGUGGAGAUACUCGCUGCCGGCGAACGUGCGCCGCCAGAAACGAACCAGCUGGCCUGCGCAGAUGCUGUGAUCGGAGCCCUGGCUCCGCACAUGACGGCUUUGGGAUUGCCAGUGCUCAGGAACUGCUUGAAGGUAAUGACGACAGUGGAGGUCAAAGAGCAGACAUAUCUGGACAUGCUGUUGGCGCAGCUGCUGGUUCUCUUCCGCCGAGAGAGCGGCAGCGUCCCUCCUGCUGCCCUCGCUGCCUUGGCAGGCUUUAUCGGCAGCUUGCAUGAGGCUGGGGUCAGCGCGAGGCGAGGAGCGAGCAGCGCAAGUUGUGCGGCCAACCGCCGCUGCAUAGAUGCGCUCAACGAGCUGAUUCUGCGGCACGCUGCUGAAUUUGUGGAGGAGGAGCUGGCCACCGUUGGCAGCCCUUACCUGCUAACCUUCAUGGACGAUGUGAUGCGCCGGACAAUCUUGAGAGGUGCUGCAGCCAUUGGUGCCGGCCUCCUCCCCGAGAGCCAACCCUGGGUCACGGCGGCUCUGGUCCAGAUGGAAGAAGCAGUUCGGACAAGUUCCUUCGCCUUCAUCGCCAGCCUCCCCGAUGAGACUAAGGACUAUUUGAUGAAGCUCAAGGCCAUUGCGGCCUCAGCCGCUUCAGAUCCUACGGAAGUCGUGAGCCAGGCUUUAGGGCGACAUCUGCAGGCUCAAGAGGAGCCCGCGGCUGCCUGA